AUGAUCAACGCCGAUCCCGAAGUGGUCGUAAACCCCAACCGCGCUGAAUAUGCCACUGCAAACGCAGGUCGUUUUGACUUCGGCAAACCCUAUACGAUUAAACUUGAUAAUGAAUCUGAAUGGGAAUUUACGCGCGAACAAGUCCUAACAGUCCUCGAACACGCAGUCAGGGCUGGCGACGCGGAUGGAGUCGAGAGCAUACACGAUGCAGAGGGCGGGGGUCACGUCAAAUACCCCCAUCGAUUCUACAACAAGGAGGAGCUUGACUUCGCUUCAUACAAUGGAGGCGACCUAUACGAAUAUCCUAUCUUAUUGACGUUGCUUGAUAACGGCAAACCGCGUACAUGUUACUUCGGGCCAAAGCCCCAUUCUAGGGACCCUUACAAAUACCGAGUUGUCUAUACCAAGAACGGUGCGGGCGUAGGGAUAUUGCAAGGCAAGUCAAAGUCCGGAAAGGAGAUACCCUGGCAGAAGGGCCAGGAGCAGAAGAAAUCAUCAGAUUUCGUUAUUUCCCCUCAAUUUAGAAAAGGAUGGGACUCACACACAGGAAAGGUGGCACCGGCGACGAAGAAUUUAGGGACUGGGAAGGCGACCAAUGCCACUUGGAAAGAUCUAGAAGAUAAACAGAACAAUGCUGGCAAAUAA